CGCAGUUGUUGGUUUGACGUAAAUCAAGACGCAUCAAAAAUGGAAAAGCAAAAUCGUUCCUUAGUGAUCAUCAUUUCUAUAGUUAUAUAUACUAUUAUUCAUUCAGGGGACGCAUUGCAAUGUUAUACCUGUAACUCAUUAGAAGAUCCUACUUGCGUGGAGGGACCAUACUCAAACGUUGAAGAAUGUGUGUCUUUGACAACUAUACCGUCAACUCCGACCACGACAGAAACAACCUCGGCUAAGACAUCUCCGACCACGACGAAAACAACCCCAUCUCAGACAACUCCGACUACACCGAAAACAACUCCGACUCAAACAUCCCCGACCACGCCGGAAACAACCCCGGCUCAGACAUCUCCGCCCCCGCCGGAAACAACCCCGGCUCAGACAUCUCCGACCACGCCGGAAACAACCCCGCCUCAGACAUCUCCGACCACGCCGGAAACAACCCCGACUCAAACAUCCCCGACCAUGACGGAAACAAUCGCGGCUCUAGAUGAGACAAGGAUGUUCAAUAAAAAACUGGAAAUUGAUGCAAAAGUACCAGAUCACUACAGAUUACGUAGAAGUAUUUUUCAACAUAGAAGCUCUUAUGUUCAAACAGACGCACCUAAUGAAGAAGAAUGGAAUUGUGCCGUAAUCGAACGUGAAUAUAACAAUACUGUGGUCAUCGAACGUGGAUGCGUUGCUGCGUCCUAUAAAUGUCCUGAAGAAGAGAAGUGUAAAAUUAAAAAAAAAUGCAAUUCAAAUAAAUGUAAUAAUGCUACCGCGGUAUCAAUUAAUAUGGUAACUUUGUCAUGGCUGAUGGUUUCAUGGGCGAUUGUAUUUAUUCUUGCAGAUUCUUAUCAAUUCUUAAGUAUUACAUUAUAACACGUUAUUUAUAAAAUAAUGUGUAUCUUAAUUUUUAUAAUCUUUUAUAUAAUAUAUAUAAUUUUAUUCAAUAA